GGGGCGGCCAGGGGGAAGGGGCUCUGCCUGGCCUGGCAGGACCCUGGCCCAGCCCCCAACCCCAGCCCCCAGCAUGGCCGAGCCGCUACUCAGAAAAACCUUCUCCCGCCUUCGGGGCCGGGAGAAACUUCCUCGGAAAAAGUCGGAUGUGAAAGAUAGAGGCCGACCAGCCCCGAUCCCAGAACCCAGUGUCCCUGAGCCAGCACCCGAAGUUCCCAAGACAGAGGUGGCAGGGCCUGGGGAAGAGGAACCUCCUAGCCCCGAAGUGUCAAGAAACCCGGCCCGAGGAGCCUACCUGCAAAGCCUGGAGUCCAGCAGCCGUCGCUGGGUGCUGGGAGGCAGCAAGGCUCCUGAGGAAACAACGUUAGGACCUGGAGGGUCCACUGAAUUGGUUGGAGAGAUAUGGUACAAUCCUAUCCCUGAAGAGGAGCCAGGAAGCCAGGCAUCUGCGGGGACCACACCCCAGGCCACUCAAGCCAACCAGGAGAGUGCAACCCCUGGGGGACCAGCCCCAGAGGUUGUCCCCAGCAAUCCCCCUGCUAAACCAUCACGAACCAAAUCUCCAGGCCCCGCAAGGCGCCUCUCAAUGAAGAUGAAAAAACUGCCUGAACUAAGGCGUCGACUGAGCCUCCGAGGACCCAGAAGCGGGAGGGACCGUGAGGGCGAACGAGACCGGGCAGCCCCAGCAGGCUCAGUAAUAAGCCGAUACCACCUGGACAGCAGUGUGGGAGCACAGAGGUGUACUGAGGGAGCUCAGGGGGGCCAGGCUGGCUACCUCAGCGACGGUGACUCCCCUGAACGGCCUCCUCACCCAUCUCCUGAUGCCUUCCGGCCAUAUGAAGCAGCCCCACCACCCCGUGCCUCACCCUCUGCCCUGUGGGGGCGCCUCAGUCUGCACCUAUAUGGGCUGGGGGGCCUACGCCUGCCACCAGGACCCACCUCACCAAACCUCUGCUGCCUGCUACAAGUGGAUGGUGCCCCAAGAGCCAGAACAGGACCACUUCGAGGGAGUGGUACUGAUUUCCUGAGGCUUGACCACACCUUCCAUCUAGAGCUGGAGGCUGCCAAUCUCCUCCGGGCCCUAAUCCUGGUCUGGGACCCCUGUAUUCAGCGUCACAGGCCCUGUGCUCAUGGCACUGUGCUGCUGCCCUCUCUUUUCCGAGGGUGCCGGGCCCAGCAGCUAGCAGUGAGGCUAGAACCCCAAGGCCUGCUAUAUGCAAAGCUGACACUCUGGGAGCAGCAGGAAGCCCCAGGAAGCCAGGAACCCCGAGUCUUUGGGUUACCUCUGCCAUUGCUUGUAGAGCGGGAACAAGCUCCAGGUCAUGUGCCCCUCAUCAUCCAGAAGUGCAUUGGGCAGAUCGAGAGAAGGGGGCUCCGGGUGGUGGGGCUAUACCGUCUGUGUGGAUCAGCCGCUGUAAAGAAGGAACUUCGGGACGCCUUUGAGCGAGACAGUGCAGCAGUCAGUCUCUCAGAGGAGUUGUACCCAGACAUCAAUGUUAUCACAGGGAUCCUCAAGGACUAUCUAAGAGAGCUACCCACACCCCUCAUCACCCCACCACUCUACCAAGUGGUCCUGGAGGCCAUGAGGCAGGGGCCACCCAGUGGAGGAAGGGUCAACCCACAAGGUACCAGAGAACUGCUCCAAUGUCUGCCUGAAGUUGAGAGGGCCACGCUGACUCUGCUCCUGGAUCACCUGCGCCUGGUCUCCUCCUUCCACGCCCACAACCGCAUGACCCCCCAGAACCUAGCUGUCUGCUUCGGGCCUGUGCUGCUGCCCCCACGCCAAGCGCCCACUCGGCUCCGAGGCGGCUGCCCAGCCCCAGGCUCGGGCUCCAGCCUCGCCAGCGCGGUGGACUUCAAACGUCACAUCGAGGUGUUGCACUAUCUGCUGCAGGCCUGGCCAGACCCCCGCCGCCCCCCGGAUCCUCCAGACAGCAUCCCCUACCUCCGCCCGAAGCGGCAGCCCCUGCUGGAACUGCCGCUGGGGGAGCCCGAAGUGGUGACACGGCCCCGAGACCGAGGUGGGCCCGAGAGUCCCCCUAGCAACCGCUACGCUGGCGACUGGAGCAUCUGCGGGCGGGACUUCCUAUCUUAUGGGCGGGACUUCCUGUCCGGCCCAGACUACGACCAGGUAGCGGGGAGCAGCGAGGAGGACGACGAGGAUGAAGGCAGAGGGCAAGAGGGGGCCGGUGACUUCGUGGGUGACUUUGCCCUCAUGGAUGAUGAUCCCGAGGCUCCUUUCAACACCCGCCUAAACCUCAAGGACUUUGACACCCUGAUCCUAGACCUGGAGAGGGAGCUGUCCAAGCAGAUCAACGUGUGCCUCUAAGCCCUGGCAGGGAACUUGCCUCCCGUUGCUAGGGACCAUCUAUUUCCUUGUUGUUAGGGACCAGCCUUCCGUUGCCAAGGACCAUCUCCUUGUUACUAAGGAGAUGUCCUUAACGGAGAUAAGUAGAACUCUUGCCAUGGACUUUAUCCCCAAAAACCAGGGACCACUUUUCCUGAGGCUAGGUUGGUUCCCUCAGUAGGAGUCAAUCUACUGCAGCCACUUUUCCAGGUGAAAGUGGCAGAGCGGAGUGGAGUAGAAAGAGCCAAGAAUCCAAGUCAGAACGACUUGUGCUCAAAUCUGCUCAGCUACUUGCUGCCAAGUCAACUGGGGCAGGUCACUUCAGCUCUCUGGGCCUCAGUCUCCUCAUUUGUUGGACUAGAUGAUCUCUAUGGUCUCUUCCAGCUCUAAAAUCUUAUGAUUUAUUAUCUUGCUGUGAUCACCCACCUCCCUGAGGGGGGGUACCCCCAACACACCCUCCCUUGCUGCUGCCAGCCAAAUCAGUAUUAGCUUUGGACACAGCUCUCUGCCACUCCCUAUUCCCCUAAGCACUGAAAUCAGCAGUGUCAUUUUGGGAGUCCAUGAGCUGACCCCAGGUCAGGGCUAUCUGGAUAGGGCAACUGGUAUCAAGUAUUGCCCUACCUCCAAGAGUAUAUGUCCCCCCGACUCCCAAAGAGAUAGGGAAAGUCAAUCACUGCCUCAGAAGAGCAAGUAGGGGUAGCAGAGUACAGGUCCUAACCCUCUCAGGCCCACCAAACUAAGCACUUACCCCUCCAUCCUUCUCUGAAGGAUGGCUCUCUGCCCAUUCUUCCCUACCCUUCCUCCCAAGAGCCAGGCUGGUAUACUUUGGUACGAACAGGCUCUUAUUUAUUGCCUCCAGCUGUGAGAAUGUGUGUGUUUGUGUGUAUGCGUAUAUGUGUGUGUUGAGAAUAAGAGAGAAUGUUGUAUAAAUACAUUUAUAUAAAUGCCUGGGGCUCUAGGUCAGGGAAAACAAGGAUGAGGAAGAAGCAGUGGAUAUAUACUUUCUGAGGCCACAAGUAGGCACCACUGCAGAACCCCACCCCACUCCAAAUCCCUUUCACCUGUGAGGAGCCAUUGGUGGGAAAGUUAGGGUUCUUCCCACCAUCACCGACUACCCUCCCUCAAC